AUGAGCGCCGUUGAUGAGCGGCGGCGGUGGCUACGACGUCGUCGAAGACCGCCACCGCGGCGGUGGUGGGGAAUCGCCGAUUGCAGCUGGCAGGGUGCCCGCCCCGCCCACAAUCUCCGGAACCGGCUCCGCCCAUCACUCGCUCACGCACACGCCGCAUCGAUGUGUGUGCACGGCGGCGGCGAACGUCCCGGCGCACCCAAAGGAAGCGCGUGCGUGCGCAUCGUAGUACACCACCGCCGCCACCGCCGCCGAACCCAUCCCACCCCGCCGCAUCACCGUCUGCGCGAACCCCGGGGACAGCUUCGGCGUCGUCGAUCUCGUGGCCCGGCAGUCAACAGUCCGAUCGCGUCGAUCCGGUUCGCGGUCUGGUGA